GUUACCCUCGAACCCAUUUCCGCCCCCGGGGUGGGGUGAUGACAGACAUCCACACAAAUGCUUCGCCUUUAUGAGAUCAGCCCAAACCCCUUAGACUCACCGUUAUAUAAUCCCAAGUCCCAGCCCACUCUCAUCAUCUGCAACCGUUUUCUGCUCCGCGCUUAUUAGCUAAGGAAUUCAAAGUCACAAGAUUCCAUUGUCUAUUCGGUUUUGUUCGUCCAUCCCUACCGCAAGCCGUCAAUCAGGUUUUCGGAUUUUCGUCUUGUCAUCCACUGCAGUUGCAGCUUCGCACACAUACAUCCUUGCACACGCUCGACGCCAUGCCGGCAAGUCAAGCUUCGUCCUCAAUGUCGGUCUCUCCUCCUCCACCAACCGACCUCGGUGCUUAUGCCCGCUUCAUGCAUCAACACACUAAGCGGCAGAUGGAGUCCAUCUCGUCUCAAUCACCGCGGAGUAGUAAUCAAAUCAGCCAGUCCUCAUCUUCACCGACGAGGCUUCCGGGAGGCGUCUCCAACCGAAAUCAAGACGACAAGCAAUACCGCUAUCGGACAUGAGACCGGCGACGUCGACGACAGCAUCCACGGUUGGGCCCGCAUUUGGCAUGGUUCAGCCACUUCCGGAGGAUAGACAAAAGGGAAACUCAACUGGAAUGAAUUCGGUCUUGGAAUGACGAGAUCCUGAAGUACACGAUGAUGGAAGGUGAUGAUACACAUGACACCUAAUGUACAUACACCGUAUAUGGGCGAGCGCACUGGUUUGGUUUAGCCGACUUUCAUUUUCAGUCCACGUGAUGUUUCGGUGGCUAUGCGAGCAUGGCGUUAGAGGGAAAGGCAGGACAGGAAACAGGCAA